UUAUGGAGAAUUCCUAAACAGAUUGAGAGAGAACCCUAGGCUUAUUGCAUCCUGUCUGGUUGCUGGAGAGAAGCUCAACCAGGACAACACUCAGAGUGUCAUUCACACAGUCUUUACCUCCAUUUAUGGCAAUUGCAUCAUGCAGGAGGAUGAGAGCUACCUUCUCCAGGUCCUCCGUUACUUGAUUGAAUUUGAACUCAAGGAAAGCGACAAACCUAGGCGGCUCUUGAGACGAGGCACCUGUGCAUUCAGCAUCUUAUUCAAACUUUUCUCUGAAGGACUCUUUUCUGCAAAACUUUUUCUUACUGCAACUUUACAUGAGCCAAUCAUGCAGCUUCUUGUUGAAGAUGAAGACCACCUGGAAACUGAUCCAAACAAGUUAAUUGAGAGAUUCUCCCCAGUACAACAGGAAAAGUUAUUUGGAGAGAAAGGCACAGAAAAGUUCAAGCAAAGAGUCCAAGAGAUGGUUGACUCCAAUGAGGCCAAGCUGGUGACCUUGGUGAACAAAUUCAUUGGCUAUCUCAAACAAAAUACUUACUGUUUUCCUCACAGCUUGAGAUGGAUUGUGUCACAAAUGUACAAAACUCUCUCAUGUGUAGACAGGCUGGAGGUAGGGGAGGUCAGAGCAAUGUGCACAGAUCUUCUUCUAGCGUGUUUCAUCUGUCCUGCGAUUGUUAACCCAGAACAGUAUGGGAUAAUUUCUGAUGCUCCUAUAAAUGAGGUGGCAAGAUUUAAUCUGAUGCAGGUAUGAUUCACUUUAAAGUAGUCUUAAAAAAAAAAGAAGUAUGAGAAAUGUUCUUGGCCUUUUUUUUUUUUUCCCCACUAGAACUGAUGUUACUACAGUAAAG